AUGGAAUGCCAAUCUAAUCAGGGGAUGAAAACAACAGGACACAAGCGAAAAAUACUGACAGAUGUAGAAAGGGCAUUGCGCAGGGUGCAAAAAUAUGAUGCCUCAACAAAGCCAUCGGAAGUUGGAUAUAUUGAACCAAAGUUGAAGAAGCGGAAAAAAAGUUGGCUACUUGAAGCUUUAUCAGAGAAGAACUAUAAUGAAGGGGAAACAAAUGUGAACUUAUCAACAACAUCUACUCAUAAGCUGCAAAAACAAUUGGAUUGCAUCUACUGUCAUGCCAGGAGGCUUGAAUAUGAGCCUCCAACAUUAUGUUGCGCAAGUGGAUAUAUUAAGUUGGCACCCAACGAAGUUGGAGAGGACUUAUACAAAUUAUUUACAGAUGAGUCCAAACAGGACGAGUUAUUUCGGAAACACAUUCGAGCCUAUAAUAGCAUCUUUGCUUUUACAUCAUUUGGAGUACAACUCAACAAAGAACUGGCAUCUUCAAGGAAAGGCAUUUACAGCUUUAAGGCGCAAGGACAAAUCUAUCACGAUCUACCCUCAUUAAUCCCAAAGGACGACAUGCCACGUUUCUUCCAGCUGUACUUCUACGAUAUAGAUCAUGAAGUGGCCAACAGAAUGUCAAUACUACAAGAUGCAAAUUUAUCAGAGGAAGUCAUGGAAAAAAUCAGGAAAAUAAUGGAGCAAAAUCCGUAUGCUAAAUUUUUUACACAACUCAAACACCAUUCAAGUUUUCAAAACAUAGAAAUACGUAUAGCUGCAAAUGCUUCUUUAGAUCAACGGGUGUAUAACAAACCUUCGGUGGAUCAAGUUGCAGCAAUUUGGGUUGAUGGAAACAAUCCAAAUAUCCCGUUUGAAAGAGAUAUUGUAGUACACGAACAUUCCGGGAACAAACAUCGAGUAAAACAUUAUUAUGGUUGUUAUGAUCCUCUACAAUAUCCAUUGAUUCUACCCAAUGGUGAAGGAGGUUGGCAUCAAGGAAUAGUGAAAUCACGCAAUCCAAAUAUCGGCAUUACUACAGAUGCAACAACAAGUGCCAAUAUAUGCCCUCGAUCAUAUGCCAGUGCAACAGAGGUGUACGCCGCGAAAAAAGAGGUUGUGUUUCCUGUAGAGAGUACUACUGCUAUAAACUACAAAUUCGAACAAUCAAAUUACAGAAAAGAGAUAUUACAAGGUAUCGUUGAUAGUGUUACGUCAGGAGAAUGUAGAGGAGAGAAGGUUGGUCAGAGGGUCUUACUGCCAGGAUCAUUCAUCGGAGGCCCUAGGGAUAUGCGACGACGCUAUAUGGAUGCUAUGGCUCUGGUACAAGAGUUUGGAAGACCAGAUCUAUUUAUCACCAUGACGUGUAAUCCUGAAUGGACAGAGAUUCAAGAACAACUAUGUGUGGGGCAAGUCGCUCAAGAUCGGCCAGAUUUGGUGACCAGAGUGUUUAGAGCAAAAUUACAGGACCUAAAAGACCAAAUAUUUAAAAAGGAGAUUUUUGGCCCUACAGCAGCACAUGUUUUUGUGGUUGAAUUCCAGAAGAGAGGACUACCACAUAUACACCUACUACUAAUAUUAAAAGAAGGUCAUAAAAUAAGAUCAGCAGAUCAGUACGAUCGAUAUAUUUCAGCAGAGUUGCCUGCAAAAGAUAAGCAGCCAGAAUUACAUGAAUUAGUUAUCAGACAUAUGAUUCACGGGCCUUGUGGUAUAAAACGACAAUCAAGUCCAUGUAUGAAGGACGGACAAUGUAAGUUUCACUACCCCCGAGCAUUCAACAACAAAACAAUACAAGGGAGGGAUGGAUAUCCGAUUUACCGAAGAAGAAAUGAUGGGAGGACAAGUGAGGUCCGAGGUAUGAAGAUGAAUAAUCAGUGGGUUGUCCCUUAUAACCCAUAUUUAUUGAAGAGAUAUAAUUGUCACAUUAAUGUAGAGGUUUGCUCAGGUGUUAAAGCAAUAAAGUACCUGUACAAGUAUAUAUAUAAAGGACAUGAUAAAUGUGUAGUUUACAUAGAGUCAGACGAUGGUGAAAAGUUCAUAGAUGAAAUCCGCAGCUUUCAAGAUGCACGUUGGGUGUCACCACCAGAAGCGAUGUGGAGGAUUUACGAGUUUACUCUAAGCGAAAUGCAACCGGCUGUUAUAAACCUACAACUACAUCUACCCGGCAAACAAGCAGCUGCCAAAGAAAGAGGCUUAUUAGAAUCAGAUGAUAGCAUUUCAGAAUGUUUACGCGAGGCCGUAAUCUUCAAGAUGCCUACAGCUCUUCGAAGUUUGUUUGCGACAAUCUUAGUUCAUUGCAAACCAACAGAUGUGAGACGACUAUGGGAAACAUAUUAUAACGAUAUGUCAGAAGACAUUCAAAGGACCCAUGACAAAUCACCCGAGGCAAAACUCCAGAGUACAUUGCAAAGUGUAAAUUCAUACUUGGAGAGUAUGGGUCAGAGUGUUGCAAAAUUUGAUAUGCCACAAAUCCAACAAGAAUUAAAUAAGUGCGACACAUAUGAAUGCCGAGAAAUAAUCGAAGACAUGUCUGUGAAGGUGCCAAUUGAAGAUAUGGAGGCACAAUCAAACUUGAAUGAACAACAAGCACAAGCUUUCAAGACUAUCUUGGAAAGGGCCGACUCUGGAACACCAGGAUUAUUCUUUGUAGACGGACCAGGUGGAACUGGAAAAACAUAUCUAUAUCGCGCAUUGCUGGCACAUAUUAGAUCAAGAGGUAUGAUAGCAUUGGCAUCCGCCAGCAGCGGAGUAGCAGCAACAAUCUUACCGGGAGGCCGGACAGCUCACUCGCGAUUUGAAAUACCUCUACAAGUUAAUGAAUCAACAAUGACAAAUAUGUCAAAACAAAGUGGCGGGGCUAAACUUAUUAGACAAGCCAAACUAAUAAUAUGGGACGAAGCGCCAAUGGCUAAGAGACACACAAUUGAAACUAUCGACAGAAGCUUUCGUGAUAUAAUGGACAAGAAUGUACCUUUUGGUGGAAAAGUAAUGGUCUUUGGAGGUGACUUUCGACAAGUGCUACCGGUGGUUCCUAAAUCAACGCGAGCAGAGACAGUGAAUGCAAGUUUGGUGAGGUCAUAUUUGUGGCCUUUGAUGGAAAAGAUUCAUUUAACGUCCAACAUGAGAGCUAGAGCAGAUCCAAAUUUUAGUGCCUUCUUGCUUCGAGUUGGAAACAGGGAGGAAACCACAAUACGGGAUAAUUUAAUACUACUACCACAACAAAUGGUGGUCCACCCAAGUGGUCAGGGAAAGCCAGAAGAAUGCUUGGUAAGGGAAAUUUUUAAAGGGCUACAACAAAAUUACAGAUCGGCAAAUUUUAUUACUGAAAGGGCAAUCUUAGCAAGCCGAAAUGAAUUUGUAGAUAAUAUAAAUGAAAUGAUGACCACUCAAUUCCCGGGAGAAACCAAAACAUAUAUCAGCUUUGACUCGGCAGAAGACGAUACCAACAAUUAUUAUCAAGAAGAAUACUUGAAUACAUUAACUCCGAAUGGUCUACCACCACAUAGAUUAGUUUUGAAAGAGAAUGCGCCUAUCAUGAUGUUGAGGAAUUUAGACCCAUCAAAUGGUUUAUGCAAUGGGACACGAUUGAUUUGUAGAGGUUUUGACAACAAUGUCAUACAUGCCGAAAUAACGACAGGAGAAUUUGCAACAAAACAAGUGUUCAUACCAAGAAUCCAAUUAUCGCCACCUGAGAAUGAAGGAUAUCCUUUUAAGUUUAUUCGGAAGCAAUUUCCAAUACGUCUAUGUUUUGCAAUGACGAUAAAUAAGGCUCAAGGUCAAACAAUUCCUAAUGUUGGAUUGUAUCUUCCACAACAUGUUUUCUCGCAUGGGCAACUAUAUGUAGCAUUAUCAAGAGGAAUCUCAAUGGCAACAACGAAGGUAUUGGUUAUGAAUGAACAACCAGAUAUUAGGACAGGGACAUAUACAAGAAAUAUCGUAUACAAGGAAGUAUUAUGUUAG